ACUUCUGAGAUCGCUGAAAGCUUGAAGCAAGAUCAAGAUGUAUCAGAGAAGGAUGAAGCUGCUAAGGAUGUGGCUGAAGAAGGAAAUGACAUGCUCAAUUCAGAGCCCACAGGAACAGAUACUCAAUAUGAUCCAGGGGAUACAAAAACAGAUAUGGAGGAAGUUACAGCUGAAACGCCCGAAGAUGGCGAUCAGAUGCCCUUUACUGAAUCUUCAGUGUCACCACAAUUAGCUGAAGAUGGCCUUGGGGAAGCACAAGUCAAUAUGAUGGUGCAAGAUGAAGUUGCUUUAGGAGUUAUCGAAACUUCAUCAAAGAAAGAAACAUCUACAGAUCAGCUGACUGAUACUCAACUGCUGAAUAUUAGCUGGCAGCAAUCUUUGAUACUAAGCAGCACAACUGAACCUAUUUGUCAAGACCUACCAAAUUUGGGCCUUGAAUUAGAAUGUCCUAAAAGUCCCCCUGUGAUGGGUGAAUUAAAUGUUGAAGAAGAAUCAGAUACGGAUGAAGAACAGACAGAACUGAUUGUGCUUGACCCAGAUCACCCACUAAUGAAGCGCUUUCAGGAAGCUCUGAAGAGCCAUCUUUCAAAGCAGUUGGAUAAGAUAACUCUGGAGCUGAAGGAAUUGUCAUGGCGAAUGAAAAAGCUAACAACUGAACGUGAAGACACAGGUGUGAUCCUUUAUGGAGUACAACAAUCUCUUGCACAAUUGCAAAUGGAGCUGGAAAAAUACCACAGCCAUUGCUCAGAAGCUUCAGCAAAAAGAAGAAAGGCAGAGGAAGAUUUGACAUGUGUGAGGAAUCUUUACCAAAUGACACAAGCCAAAGCAAAUAGUGAGCGCUCAAAAGUAUCCCAACUGCAAACGGAUGUUGAAAAUAUUGCACUGCGACAUUUCUAUAUGACCAGCUUACAACAGGAUAUGUGUUCAGACGUCAUGGUGAUGAAGCGUGCUACAGAAAAGUUGGAGGCUGAAAAAUUACAGGCAACAAAGUUGAAACAGAAGCAGGACAUGUUUGUAGACCGUUUGGUAUCUCAAAUGGAUGCAUUGCGAGAACAAAUUGCAAUGUAUGAAGCCCAGUAUAAAGCACAAGCAGAAGAAACAAAAGCAGCAAGGAAUACAGUAGCAGAGGCCAGCAUGGAAAUUGUGGCAAUUAACCUUGAGAAGAAGCAAUUAUUAGAGCAAUGGAAGAGUAGUCUAAUUGGAAUGCAGAAACGUGAUGAGGUCUAUGCUGCAAUGCAGGAAGCUGUCAGACAGGCAAAGCAACAGGUAGAAACCUUGAAGACAGAAAUACAGGCCUACAAAAAAUUUAUCAUGAAGGAAGAAGAGCGGAAUGAGUCUCUCACCAUGACUCUGAACAGGUUGAUGAAUGACAUUAACAUGACCCAGAAACAGAUUACACAGAAUCUGGCAAAACAGGAAGGAUUAAAGCAAGAAUAUAGCACCUACACUCGGACACUGCAGGAGACAGAACGCUUGCUCAACAAAGCUGCAUUGGACAAGAACAUACACCAAAAUGAGGUCAAAGCGUUGCUACAACAAACAGAAAAGGAAUAUGCAACAAAGGUGGAACUGGAAGACAAGAUUAUGGCAAAAUUACAGAGUAAAUUAACCAUGAAUCAGGCACACAAUUACCUGAAAAGCCUGGCGAACAAACUUCAAAUCCGAAAACGGCAACUGGAAAUUGAAUAUGCAAACACAGAAAAGGAUUAUGCUCAAAUAAUUUUGGAUAUAAAUGAUAGAAAAGUGGAACUGAGAAUACUGCAGAAAACUCUGAAGGAUCAGUUAAAUGAAUUGAAUGAUAAAAACAAAGUUGUUUCUUUGAGUGAAAAGGAGAUUGCAAAAAGGAUACUCGUCAUUCAAAACAAACAGUCAGUUUUAAACAUACAAAACAAGAAGAUUGCACAGCUGAUAACAGAAAUGGGAGGACAUGAACUGAGCCCUCAGGAGCUUAAAAUCAGAACCUUGACGAAAAAUAUUGAGGAACAUAACAAAGAAAUAUCAUCACUGCAACAAUUUUGGCUCCGACAACAGCAUGAACUGGUCAUGCUGACCCAAGAAAGGGAGCAGCAAACAGCCAAUGUGGAACUGCAGAAGAAACAAGUCACAGUACUUGAACAAAAGAAGAUCCGCACUGAAAAUAUGAUACAACAGGGACUAAAUGUAAAGAAGGACAUUGAACGUCACAUGAAGAUCCUGUCUAAUGACAUGCUGAAGCUUAACACACUUUUAAUAAAGAACAACUCUGCUAAGGAUUCACUUGAGCACAAUAAUGUACUCAUGGAAAAUGAAUUUAUAAAAUCACUCAAGGAUGCAGAGCGACAAUCUAUUGCAAAACAACAGUAUCUGGACCAACUGAAAGAGGAGAAAGAGAGACAUCUUAACAGUCUUGUGGAAGCAGAACGUCAGAUUAUGCUGUGGGAGAAGAAAAUACAACUGGUAAAAGAAGCAAAAUCAGCUGUUGACUCAGAGGUUGGACAGGGUGAGAUACGAGCCAUGAAAACAGAAAUACAUAGAAUGGAAAUACGUUACAGUCAGCUUAUGAAACAGCAAGAGCAAAUGAUUCGUGACAUGGAGGCUGCUGUUUUACGCAGGGAUACCAUUUUGACACGUGGUGAAGCACAGGCAAAAUUGGACAAGAAGUACACAACUAGGAAUGAUUAUCGUAACAAAAUACAGGAUCUAUGCAAGAACAUUGCAGAUGUGCAAAAGCAUAUAGAAGAACUUGAUAGAACUAUUGAAGAGUUGAAGAAAUCACAGCGAACUGUUUAUGAGAAGUUGGGAGAAAAACAGUGUCAGAUUCAAGAAGUGAGAUCUAGAGUAGAUCAACUUGAUGCAAGUAUAGAAUCUCUACAGGAAGAGAAAGGAAUGAAUCUCAACAAGAUAGUGACUUUACAGACCCGUCUCAAGCACCUUCAGGCAGUGAAAGAGGGAAAGUAUAUAAAACAGUGCAGAUCUGAAGAAGCACUGAAAAAUGAACUACAGAAGCAAGAGAGUCGAAUCCAUACCAUCAAUACCAUCAUUGACUGUGUCAAGGAGGAGUGGCCUCAGUACCAGGGAGUGCUUCAUAAAGUGACUCUUGCACUAGCUACACGAGGAACAGCACAGGAAGGCCAUUCAUAAAAAAGAUAGUUAAUUGCACCAAACUAGAUGGUGUAAAGAACUAAUGUUCUAAGGAAACAGAAAAAAAGGGUAGUUGUGACUGUAACUUUAAUUCAAUGUAACAUAUCAUUAGUUAGAUCAGAAGGGUGUUUGUUUAUAUACUAAUUCCAAAGAAAUAUUUGAAAUAGUUUUCUUGUAGAAGUAUAAGUCAAUGCUGAUUUCACAUGAUCAAAUAGGAUUUAAUGUUGAUUAAAUCACUUCACAUGAUUCAUUUUAAAUAACUUAAUCAUUCAUAUUAAGAAGCAACUAACGUGAGAGCAAAAUGAUGAAGUAGUAGACGCACAGGAGAGAAUGUAAUCUGGGAUUUAUAGGCAUCCGUUGGUCUCGUGAGACCAGGGAUUUGUGCCUUGGAAGGUUUCCAGGGCGCAGGCCUGGGCAAGGUUGUAUGAAACACCGGCAGUUGCCCAUGCUGCAAGUCUCCCCUCUCCACGCCACCGACGUUGUCCAAGGGGAGGGCACUUGGGCUGAUACAGCUUGGCACAGGUGUCGUCACAGGUUAAGUGCCUUGCUCAAGGACACAACACUUUGCCUCAGCUGAGGCUCGAACUAACGACUUUCAGAUCACUAGACCGACACCUUAAACACUUGGCCACGCGCCAAUACAUCUGGGAGUUAAUCAGUUGUAAAAGGCUUACAAGAUGCACACAAACAAAGGAGGCUAAAUGGGGAAAUAGCAUAAUAUGUAAUUCAAAAAUUGUCAGAAGGAUAAUUGAGGGAAAUCCACAAAUCCUGCUGAAGUUUAGAACUGUGACAGGAUUGAUUCUUGGCUCUUUUAAGGGUUCAAAGAAUUGCCUUCAUUGACUGAAAUUUGUACUAUUAAAUAAAAUUCAAAGUUCAAAGUAAAUUUAUUACCGAAGUACAUAUAUGUCACCAUAUACAACCCAACGGUUCAUUUUCUUGCAAGCAAUGACAGUAACUAUAGGAAACACAAUAAACUCAAUGCACCCAACAGGAUGGACAACAAUCAAUAUAAAAAAAUAACAAACUGUGCAAAUGCAAAAAAAAAAGAUAUAAUAAUAAUAAGAAGAAAUAAAUAAGCAAUAACUAUUGAGAACAUGAGAUGAAGAGUCCUUGAAAGUGAGUCCAUAGGUUAUGGGAACAGUUCAGUGAUGGGGCGAGUGACGUUAUCCUCUCUAGUUCAAGAGCCUGAUGGUUGAAGUGUAAUAACUGUUCCAAAAAGGAGGUAGUGUAGAUCCUGAAGCUGCUGUACCACCUUCCUGAUGGCAGCAGCACGGUCUGUAUGGUGGGUGUCCUAGAUGAAUACUGCUCUCCUGCGACAGCGCUACGUGUAGAUGUACUCAAUGGUGAGGAGGGCUUUACUCAUGAUGGACUGAGCCAUAUCAACUACUUUUCAUAGGCUUUUAUGUACAAGGGCACUGGUAUUUCUAUACCAGACUGUGAUGCAACCAGUCAAUAUACCCUCCAUUUCACAUCUAUAGAAGUUUGGCAAAGUUUUAGAUGUCAUGCCGAAUCUUUGCAAAGUUCUAAGAACUCAGAGGUGCUGCCAUGCUUUCUUCAAUCUUCUGAAAUGAUAACUUGGAGGAAUUUAAAAUUAAUGAUCCUUUCCACCUAUGAUCCCUGGAUGAGCACUGGCUCAUGGACCUCCGGUUUCCUCCUGCUGAAGUCAAUAACCAUCUCCUUGGUUUAGCUGACACUGAGUAAGGUUGUUGUGUGGCACCACUCACUCAGAUUUUCAAUCUCCCUCCUGUAUGCUGAUUCAUCACUAUCUUUGAUUCAGCCAACAACAGUGGUGUCAUCAGCAAACUUAAUUAUGGCAUUGGAGCUAUGCUUAGCCUCACAGUCAUAAGUAUAAAGCAAGUAGAGGAGGGGGCAAAGCACACAGCCUUGUGGUGCACCUGUGCUGAGGGAGAUUGUGGGAGAGAUGUUACUGCUAUUCUAAACACUCAGGGGUCUACAAAUGAGGAAAUUGAGAUCCAGUUGUACAAGGAAAUAUAGAGGCCCAGGACUUGAAGCAUUGAUUAGUUUUGAUGGGAUGAUGGUACUGAAUGCCAAGCUAUAGUCAAUAAAAAGAAUCCUGACGUAUGUAUCUUCACUGUCCAGAUGUUCCAGGAAUGAGCCAAUGAAAUGGCAUCUGCUGUUGACCUGUUGUAAGUAAACUGGAGUGGAUCCAAAUUGCUUCUCAGGCAGGGAUUAAUAUAAUUCAUCACCAACCUCUCAAAGCACUUCAUCACAGCAUUUGAAGUGUUACUGGAUGAUAGGCAUUGAGGCAGUUUACCAUGUUCUUUGGCACCAGAAUGAUUGAAGCAGGUGGGUACCUCAGACUGCUGAAGUGAGAGGUUAAAGAUUUUGGUGAACACUCCAGCCAGUUGAAUAGCACAGGUCUUUAGUACUCAGCCAGGUACCUGGUCUGAGCUGGAUGCUUUCCAUGGAUUCACCCUCCUGAGGGACGCUCUCGCGUUGGUCUCAGACCCUGAAAUUGCAGGGUUAUUGGAGGUUGUGGGAGUACAUGAAGGUGCCUCCAUAUUUUGAUGGUCAAAGUGAGCAUAAAAGGCAUUGAGCUCAUCUGGUAGCGAAGCCUUGUUGUCAUCUAUGUUGCCUGGUUUCAAUUUGUACGAGGUGAUACCAUUCAAGUCCUGCCAUAGUUGUUGAGCACCCUUCGGUGAUUCAAGUUUGGUCUGGAAUUGCCACUUUUCUCAUUGGUUGCUUUCCAAAGAUUGUACCUAGAUCUCUUGAAUUUAACUUGGUUGCCAGACCUGAAUGCCACCUAAUCUGUCCCUCAGCAGACUGCAGAUCUCUGAGUUCAUCUAGGGCUUCUGGUUAGGGAAGACUGAAUGAUUUUGUGGGAACACAUU